CAGCGUGUCUCCUCCUAUGGUCUCCUCCUCGCCUGCUCCCGGGGAGAAGAAUGGGAACGGGACCGGGACAGUGUACGUAGACGAGGCGGGCGCGUGAAAACAUGAGGACAACGGGCCGUUUUUAAGUUGGUCACUUCUCUACAACAAAUAGAUAAUAACACGUAUCACAUUAGGAGUUUUCUUUAUUUUAUUUUUUUCUCCCCCCCCCCCUCCUCUGAGGGCAGGGAUAUUUGCUCCCCGUUGGAGAGGAGAGAGGAGCUUCUUUGUGGAUCCCAAUUUGACUGGCCCGCCUUUGUUUUCAGCGCCGGAGCAGCUGCCUGCCGGCCCGUGUGCUGUUGUGACUGGAGCAACUGUGUUCCCCCUGCAGCUGCACAGACCCAUGUGUCACUGCCACACCUGUUCCACGGCCUGGUGUUGACGGAGUGAUAUCACGCGGUAACUGUGUGCAAAUUACACCAGAGGGAUGGUGAGCUGGUGGCGGCGGCGGUGACCUGUAAUUCAGGCAGGGGAUAAAAGCCCCGUGACGGAGUGGAGCGGUGCUUUCGUCUGACCUUCAACCUCAAUAGGAAGGAGAGCGAGCCACUUCAGAGAUGGAGCAGGUAUCAGAUGAGGAGCUGGACCAUGGAGCGGAGGAGGACAGCGAUAAGGAGGACCAGGACCUGGACAAGAUGUUCGGAGCCUGGCUGGGAGAGCUGGACAAGCUCACACAGAGUCUGGAUGACGGCAGGCCACAGAAAGCAAUGCAGAAGCCUCCUCUCAGACAGGAGACGAACAUGGCCAACUUCUCCUACCGCUUCUCAAUGUACAAUAUAAAUGAGGCGUUGAACCAGGGAGACACAGUGGACCUGGACGCCCUGAUGGCCGACCUGUGCACAAUCGAGCAGGAGCUCAAUACCAUUUCCAGACCAAACUCCACGUCUCGUGGCCAGAGCAAAGGCCAGCAGAGGGCCCCUGGGGGGCGCAGUGCCAGCGCCAAGCACACAGGCACCAGUGGAGGGGGAAGCAGCGGAGGAAGCACCAGUAGCAGCACCCGGGCAUCGCCGGCCAACACAGUCCGAGGCGGCAGCGUCAACGCCCGCCCCGCGGCCUCCAACAUCUCCCUAGAUGACAUCACCUCUCAGCUGGAGAAGGCCUCACUCAGCAUGGACGAGGCGGCUCGUCAGACGUCCUCCUCUUCCUCCUCCUCCUCUUCUUCUUUCUCCUCCACCACGCUGCGGCGGCCCUCGUCUGGGUCGUCUGGCGGCGGCGGCGGUCAGCACCGCAGGACGGGCUCGGUGGGCGCGGUCAGCGAGCAGGAGGCGCCGUCCCAGCGGUCGAGCGUAAAUUCAGCAUGUGCCUCAGCGUCCAGCAUGGACUCCCUGGACAUUGACAAAGUGAUGGCGGGAGGAGAGGUGGAGGGCCAGAGCAGCCCGAGCACACAAGGACAAAACCAGACCAGCACUGAGCAUGUCACACUGCGACGGGCCAACGGUAAGCCGGCCAGACGGCAGCUUGACUUCACCCCGCAAGAGGGUGAUGUGGAUCGGGCCACUCACUCGUAUCUGGACCGAGAAACCUCACUCAUUCUGAAAAGCAUAGCUGGAAAGCCUUCUCACCUCCUGACCAAGGAGGAGCAAGCGGCCAAGCUGAAGGCGGAGAAGAUCCGAGUCGCCCUGGAAAAAAUCAAGGAGGCACAGGUUAAAAAGCUGGUGAUCAGGGUCCACAUGUCGGACGAGAGCUCCAAGACCAUGAUGGUCGAUGAGCGGCAGACGGUCAGGCAGGUGCUGGACAGCCUGCUGGACAAGUCGCACUGUGGCUACAGCCCGGACUGGUCUCUCGUGGAAACCAUCAAUGAGCUCCAGAUGGAACGUAUCUUCGAGGAUCACGAGAACCUGGUGGAGAAUCUGCUGAACUGGACCCGCGACAGCCACAACAAGCUGAUGUUCAUCGAGCGCAUCGAGAAAUACGCCCUUUUCAAAAACCCACAGAACUAUUUGCUGGGGCGGAAGGAGACAUCAGAAAUGGCAGACCGCAAUAAAGAGGCGCUAUUAGAGGAGUGUUUCUGUGGCGGCACAGUGUCCGUGCCAGAGAUUGAGGGCAUCCUGUGGCUGAAGGAGGACGGGAAGAAGUCGUGGAAGAAGCGUUACUUCCUCCUCAGGGCUUCGGGGAUCUACUAUGUCCCAAAGGGCAAAGCCAAGGCCUCCAGAGAUCUUGUGUGCUUCCUGCAGUUGGACCACGUUAACGUGUAUUACGGCCAGGACUACCGCAGCAAAUACAAGGCGCCUACUGACUACUGCCUGGCCCUGAAGCACCCACAAAUCCAGAAGAAGUCGCAGUACAUCAAGUAUCUGUGCUGUGACGAUGUCAGGACCCUGCACCAAUGGGUGAAUGGUAUUCGAAUCGCCAAGUAUGGAAAGCAGCUUUAUGUGAACUACCAGGAAGCCAUGAAGAGGACAGAGGCGGCCUAUGAUUGGUCCUCUCUCUCCACCUCCAGCAUCCGAUCAGGCUCCAGCUCUGCCAGCAUACCUGAGUCCCAGUCUAAUCACUCAGGACAUUCAGACAGUGGUGUGGACACGGGCUCCUCUCACGGCCGGUCCCAGAGUGUGGUCAGCUCUAUUUUCUCUGAGGCCUGGAAGAGAGGUACCCAGAUCGAAGAAAACUCUAAGCAGAUGAGAAUGGAGGCAUCCAGAGGAGCCACGCUGCCACAUGCUUCCCACAGUCACCGGCAUCACAGCCAGCACUCAGUUGACCACCCAGCGCUGACGCCUCCACCCCUACCUCAGCCCCAACCACAACAACAGCCCCCACCACAGCCUCAGCAUCCACCAGUGCACCCCCAGGCACUGAUCCAGCAGCAGCAUCCUCCCCAUCCUCAGUCUCCUCAACAGGCCCUGCAGCCACCACCCCAGUCGCCUCAGCGCCCUCAGCCGCCGCCGCAGUCGCCUCAGCGCCCUCAGCCGCCACCACAGUCCCCACAACAGCAGCAACAGCAGCAACAGCCGCAGCCCAUCGGCGGCUACAACCACAUGCCUGCACAACAGCAACCACAGCCGCAGCCCAUCAGCAGCUACAACCACAUGUCUGCACAACAGCAACAGCAGCAACAGCCGCAGCCCAUCGGCAGCUACAACCACAUGCCUGCACAACAGCAGCAACAGCAGCAACAGCCGCAGCCCAACAGCAACUACAACCACAUGUCCGCGCAACAGCAACAGCAGCAACAGCCGCAGCCCAUCGGCAGCUACAGCCGCAUGCUUGCACAACAGCAGCCACAGCCGCAGCCCAUCAGCAGCUACAACCACAUCCACAUGUCCGCACAACAGCAACAGCAACAGCAGCAACAGCCGCACCCCAACAGCGGCUACAACCACAUGCCUGCACAACAGCAGCAACAGCCGCAGCCCAUCAGCAGCUAUAACCACAUGUCCGCACAACAGCAACAGCAGCAACAGUCCAUCGGCUGCUACAACGACAAUGCUGCACAACUGCAGCAACAAGAGGCGCAGCCCAUCGGCGGCUACAACCACAUGCCUGCACAACAGCAGCAACAGACGGCUCCUCCGCCCCCACCUCCUCCACCACCGCCACCUCCCCCUCCCCCACCCCCGGUUCAGAUGGUGUCACACCACUCACCGGGUCUCACCAUGUACAAGUUCAGCACGAUCACCAGGCUGCAGGCCAAUCAGCACAAGCCGCCCAGUCACCUCCACGCUCAGCAGGUUCUGCCCCCGGCUCCGACACCGCCUGCGGCUCAAGUGUCCGUCAGACCCAAUGUCAAUCACAUUGCUGCAAGGACUAAUGUCCCGCCUCCACCUCCUCCUCCUCCUCCCCCACCGCCGUCCAUGCCCACCCCAGGGUCAGCCAUGGCGGUGUUGAGCCUGGGCCCUCCCAGCCCAGCCGCCCCCCCUGCCUUCGUUCCUCCGCCCCCAGCACCUCCCUCUGCUCCGCAGACCAAUGGACUAGCAUUUCCUCCUCCUCCCCCUCCGCCGCCGCCCGCACCGGCUCCCAUCAGCCAGCCUGUUUACCCCAACGUGCUGAAGCAGGCACUGAAGGAAAGGUUUCCAAGCCCGCCACGGGACCUCCCGUCUCCAAACAGCGACCUUGAUGAGUCCCCGCCGCCUGCCCCUGCUCCACCACCGCCGCCUCCUCCACCUCCACCGCCGCCACCCCCUCCUCCUCCUCCCCAACAGUUCUCAGUGCCGGCCCAGUUUCCACCCCCUCCCGCGCCACCACCAGCGCCACCCAAAUCCUUCACCCCAGGCUUUGUCCCUCAUACUGCUCCCAAGCCCAUGACACCUGUCUCACCGUUCCCUCCUGCCCCACCCCCUGCUGUCUGUCGGGGCCAAACCCCGCCACCACCUCCACCCCCUCCUCCAGCUGCACCCCUGAAGAAGCAGUUCAGCCUCCAGGCGGGCCACAACUCCGGCCACCCCCCUCCGACUCUGCCCAAGCAGCACAGCCUGUCUAAACCUCCCAUGUCUACUGGAGCCCCGCCCACCAUGUCUUUAGUGAAACAACUAGCGAGUCAGUUUCCUGGAGCAUCAUCCCAAGUAGGCAAUCACUCAGAGGGCCCCAAGCCCCCCCUUUCCCCCCCUGCAGUCAAGACCAAACCAAGAUGGCAGCCUGGUGGAGGCCAGCAGCUUCAGUCUCCGGAGUUCCCUCCUCCUCCUCCGGACGGCAAUGCCGGCUUCCCUGCUGCACCUCCUCCUCCGCCACCUCCCCCAGCACCUGUUACUGGCCCGACUCCACCCCCUCCUCCCCUCCCUCCUGGAGACCUGGGCUCCCCCACGAGGAGGUCGCCCUCUAGCUUCUCCAAUUUUGGAGGCAAGAAACCUCCUCCUACCCCCCAGAGGAACUCCAGCAUCAAGUCCAAUGACUCCUAUGAGGAAUCCAGGAGGAACUUGCUCAGCAAGUUUGCUCCGCAGAGCAAAACCCCUCCUUCGUCCCCAUGCCCCUCCUCCUACUCCAGUGGUUCUCCUUCCAAGGACCACUCAGCCGGACCCCCUGCUCCCCCGAAACCAGGCAAGCUCAACCUGGCCAACUUGCCCAUGGCACUCCAGGCCAAAGUGAGCCAGGCAAAGCAGUCCAGUGGCGACUUCCCUUCCCCACCACCAGAGUGUGCCUACUUCCCACCCCCUCCCCCGGCCACAGAGCUCUUCCCCCCUCCUCCACCUCCUGGUGAUGCCCCCAGCGGAGGUCCUCCUCGGGUGGCCGUGGUCAAUCCACAGCCCCAGGCUCCCCCUCCUCCGCCGCCUGUCCCCCUGGUCAGCAGCUCAACGUGGGGAAAGAGCUCCCUGAAAAAGACUCCUCUGCCCACACUUGUGCGGCGUAAUAACACCACCCCGGAGCCCCCGCCUCUCUCACCACCUCCACCCACCUCCCCAAAGGGCAGCUCGGGCCAGCCCAAUUUCCUGGACGAUCUCCACCGGACACUGAAGCGAAAGUCGGUGGGUCGGCAGGGUUCUCUCAACUCCGCCGGCCUCUCGGGCAAGUUGGAACCCGCCGGGACCAUGGACGACAUGGCGCUGCCCCCGCCACCCCCUGAGCUGCUCCUGGACCAAGGGAAGCAAAGCAACGGAGGAAACGGCGGCUACAUGUCGGGAAACAUCUCAGGCUAUGCAACGCUACGACGAGGACCCCCGCCUGCACCACCCAAACGUGGGGACCUCACCAAACUUACUUGAGAGUGUUGAACUUGAAGAUCAGGACGUGAUGAAGACGGAUGAACAGACAGUGAGAGAAUAUAUGGAAGUGAACAUUCAUAAGUGAACUGGGAGCCAAAUCCUGGAUACCUUCUGUCCUCUUGGGAUCACAUAAAUAAGACGACUGUGUGUAUAUUAAAACCCAAACCAGACCGCGGUCAGUAAGUGUUUGCUAAUUAUCGCUUCUUUUUUUUUACUUGCUCGGUGUUCUGGAUCAGUGGGUUUACAAUAUUGGGACAAUUAAGACUGGAGCUGGGUAAGUUUGAAGUCACAGAAAAGAUGGUCUUAAUCUUCUGCGAUUGUCUAAACUCUCUGGAACAUACUGUGUAGCCCUGUAUUGUAACUCCCCCCCUCCCUUGCUGGUACACCAAGCACUAAGAUUUGUGCAAACGUUACUGGAUCCAGAUCUGAGCCAAACCACGUAUCCGCUUCUUUGCCAUAAGUUUGUGCCACGAACUGAAGACAAAAAAAGAGCAAAACAAAACAAAAAACCAUCAGGAUCCUUCUGCUUUGGUACUGCAUGGACCUCCUGUACAACAAGCUGUAAAACACCAAGCUGUUCCGGUGUGUGUGCAUGUGUGUGUGCGUGUGUGAGAGGGAGAGACUGAAUAUGCACACGUGCAUUGUGCGCAUGCAUGUGUGUGUGAUUAUAUGGUGGCAAAAUAGUUCAUCACUAGGGAAGGCCUUUGUGGAGCGCUUUGCUUUUUUUUAAUGAAAUUAUUUAAUGAUUGACAAAUGGAAGGAUUUUUUUUGUGUCUUAAUGAAGUCUGGAGAGGAACAAAACAAUAGGGCACAAUGGAAUGUAUAUGGAAGGCAUAUUUACAAAAACAAAACAAUGAAUUAACAACUGCUAAAAAAAAAAAGAAAGGCUAAAAAUCUGUUAUCUUCACUUCUGGACUGUUUCACCACGUGACAGAUGCAAAUCAGAAGGAAGCCUCGUCCCCAAAGUCUUGCACAGAAGUCAAAGCAGAAAGGAGAUUUUCUUCCAGAGUCUGUGCAACUGGAGGAAGACAGAAUACGUUACUUUUAAUUUAAUACAAAAUUAUGAUAUGAUGGACUUGUGUAAAUGGAGAGGAAAGGCCCGUGGCGGUGUGUCUUUGUGGGCUGUGUGUAAUUUCCCUGUUGCGUCGGCUUGAUUUCGGACCUUGUGCUUCAGUUUGCAUCUGUGCAGCUGCGGUCCUCUCCCUCAUGCCUUUCUUGGAUCGCAAUCCAUGCAAGUACUGAUUGGAUUCAGCCAUGUGAAGUAAACACACCUCAUCCACAUUGGUCGAUCAGAGGUUAAUGUACAGAGCCGUUAAAUCCGUGUGUAGUCAGUAUAACAGAAAUCAUCCGAGAGGCAAUAGACUGAAUGUUGCUUUCAACUUUGUGUCCCAUCGUGUCUGGUUUCCUCAUUGUGCCAUUACUGCUUCAGAACCUUAUUGCACAGGCACUAAGGUUAUCUCUUUCAUUUUUUUUAUUAUUUUAAUCCUCAGAGUGGAACAUGAAGGUUUUUUUUUAAUUUCUAGCAGCGACGCCUUCAUUUUUAAGGGUGCUCUGCUAUUUCCCUCGAGGAAAACUCAUUCUCAGCAUGUCCCCCUUGUGUGCCAGGAUGACAUAUCAUUAAUAUUUCACACCAUUUAAACUGGUUUUAAAUUGGCUGUAGUGUGCAACUGUGUGCUGUGUGGAUAUUGGUUUGACAUGAUGAGAGCUCGGAGGAGAUCUUUAAUAUCCAUGUUGGAUUUCCAAACAAGGCUGCGUUGCUUUAAACAUGGUGUUGUUUUGUCCUACUCUCGUCACAGUCGGCGUACCAUUUCUUUUUUUUUCUAACUGAAUAUCAUCAUCCGUGACUGGAGUGUUUGCUACAGUACAAGUAUGUAAGUUAUUGAUGUCCUGAUGUGAACACGCUGGGGCCAAAUGAAGUGAAGAAAAGAAAAAACGGUCGCGGAAUGAGAGUAAAAAUGUGUCCUCCUGCAUAUAAAACUGAAAAUCACAAUAUAAAUGUUCAAAUCAGACCUCAA